AGCACACCCUGACUCGAUGGCUGGCUGCUGGCUAGAAGAAUGUAAACGGGAAGGAAAAAUCGUUGUAGGAAACGAAGAGGGUGACGAUAUAAACGACGGAAGAUUGUAAAAACCGCAGCACGAAAGUGGAAUAUACUUUUGGAAGAUGACAGGGGACAUAUCAGGGGAUCGAUUGGUGAACAAUAUUUUGUCAGAUGACCCCUCACUGUAGGAGCAUUACCGAGUCAAAUCCAACCCGAUCACAAGUGCUGUUCAGGUCCCUGACUCCCCGAGCAGCCAGAUAAUAGCUCGACUGCCCUGCGUUUUCUUUUUCACCGAAAAUAAACCAAAAACACGUCCAUCCGACUGCUAAUGUCACAUGAAAUGAUAGAUUUGAGUUUUAUCGAAAAGGUGAUGCUUACCUUUGAAAAGUUCGUGAAAGAUUGCAGCUCCAAAAUGGGAUUUUAUUCUUGAGUCUCUUAAGCGUUGUUCUCGCUAUAAAACCCAGGGAGGAGAAAAAAGGAAAAAGUACAUAGGAGAGGAAUAGGAGACACGUUUCCCAUGAUGCAUCUGGGACAAACAUAUUACCUACAUGCUGCAACAAGAUAAACAACUACAUGACUUCACUCAUGUGUAAUGACACAUUUUUCUACAUUUAUUAACAGCUUUGUUAGUUUAUUUCUUUAAAUUUCGAAAUUUUUUGUAUAAUUUUAUUUUACUAUGAUUAAAAAAUGCAACAACACUGAAAUGUCAGGGAGGUGAAGUGCACUGCAAUCCAGCCAUUUUAACACUGUAUUUGCAUUUUACAUUUUGUUUUAUUUAAUGAUCAUUAAAUAAAAUAUUUGAUACCAAGAUAACAAGGCUGGUCAUUGUUGUUAACGUCAUAUAUAAGAGUAUAUGAUUUUCAGAUUGUUUAACCCUAAGAAGCUAUUAUGGCCCUAUAAGCUGAGUUAUAUAAGGACAAAAUUAAGUUAAUAUUUAUAUUCAUGUGUGAUUAAAAAUAAUAAGCUUUUUCAACACAUGCGCUGUCGGUCCUGUGGGUGGCGCCAGCACCUCCAAUCCAGUGUAUAAGCAUUGAAGAAGAAGACACGUGUUUCUGUUCUUUCAACAUGGCGUCCACCAGGAGGGUGAAACGCGUGGCGUCUUUACAGCCUGGUUUUUUAAAGGUAAAGCCCUCAGCUGACUUCAAUGAGGCGUCAGGCGUCAAGAGGAAACGCGUGAACAGGAAUAAGAAGAAGAACUGGAACAAAUACAGCGACAUAAACGAUGUGGAGUCGUUUUUAAACGACGUCAGGCACCAGGAGAGGACGACAGGGGGUCUACUGUCUGAGAAGUCAGAUGAAAGUUUGUUCUUUUUGGACAUUGGAGAACCGAAGAAAGCUGAGCAGAAGGUGCCAGAAACCGUCUGGGGAAAGACGAGGAGAGGGAAACCUGCCCGUCCCCUGAGGAUAGACCUUAUCCUGCAGCACGACUCCCUCGUUCAACCACCGAAAGAUGUGCUGGCCCAUCAGCAACCUAAUGCCAAGAAACUCCGUCGUAUUGCCCAGAAGUCUGAGCACUUGGUAGCCAAAGGCGUGUUGCCUCGGAGACUGAAGCGGCUGCAGAGGAGACGGCCUGUCAUCGAAGGGCCCAAGAAAGUAGUGACAGAAGCCAACAAUUACCCCGAAAGAGGAUAUUACGACAUAUGGGAACAAGAGACCAAAGAUUUAAGUGAUCCCUGGUACCUUCAACAGACUGGCAAGAAGCGUGUUAAGCGUCCAGAUAAGUUGAAUGAGAAGCCGUCUGUCCUCCCUGCUGUGGAGGUCAUCGCAGCGGGAGGAUCCUACAACCCAGACUUCUUUUCCCACCAGGCCUUGCUGCAGGAGGCCCAUGAAGUGGAGGUUAAGAAGAAAAAGGCGGACGACAAAUUAGAGAGACAGCUCGCCGUCAACAAAGAGGACACAGCGACAUUGGACACGGUCUUACAAGAAGAGGUGGAAGGUCUGGUAGAAGAGGAUGAAGAAGAAGAAAUGGCUCCUAUUGAGGAAGAUGAUGAUGAUGCAGUAGUAGGAGCCAUCGCCUCGGGAGAAAAAAAGACUGAGAAACAGAGGAAGAAAGAAAAGGCAGAAAAAAUAAAGGGGCAGCUGCGGCAGGCCGACAGACGGGAGAUUGACCAGAAACAGCAGCUCUUCCAACUUCGCUCCAUUAAGGCGUCCGUCAAAGAGCAGGAACAGAAUACAGAGGAAAAACAGAAAAUACGCAAGGCAAACCAGGAAGCCGAGAAAAGCCAGCCCAGACGCCUCGGCCGACUCAAGUUCCAGCCUCAGGACAUGGAGGUUCAGUUAAGUGACGAGCUGGCCGGCUCCCUGCGACAACUCAAGCCAGAGGGCAGCGUCGCCAAGGACCGCUUCAAGAGUCUGCAGAAGAGGAACCUGAUUGAACCCAGAGAAAGAGCCAAGUUCAAGAGGAGACUCAAGCUGAAGUAUACUGAGAAGAGGGCUUUUAAAGCGAUCACUUAGGGCCGACCCACACAGCCCAGGAGCCAAGCACGAGAAGCUGGGCUACGAUUAAAGCCACAAGUGCAACAUCAUGGAACGGUGUAUAUACAAUGUAAUAAAUGUUGAUUUCCUGCUUGUCCCUUUCAGACAAUUACAACUUAUUAUUAAAAAAAAUAACAAUU